AUGUUCCGAGAAGACCAGUCACCAGAUCCCAAGGAAGUAGCAGCCAUUGAGGCUAGAAGAAAUCGAGAAAAGGAGCGACAAGCCCGAUUCUUCAAUGUGCGGACCCGAGUCAUAGGGGUGGAUGUUGAAGCCCUGAACCGCCAGGUGGAGGAACGAAAGCUUCGAGAGGCAACAGAGCAGAGCAAGGAGGCAGCCUAUGCUACCAGCCAGAUGCAAUAUGAUCUGGUAUCCCAGAUGCUAGAGAAGAAGCAGGCAGAAAGGACACGUCGGCUGGCCAAGAACGUCCUGGAGUCUUGCGAGCAGAAACAGCAGCUCAAGAACAAGCACGACUUUGACAUUUGGGAUCCAGACAAAGUCUGGAAUGAGUUUCCAACCCAUCAAAGCAACAAUGAUAACCGCUAUGGCCUGGGCACCCUUCAGUGCUUCUCUGGGGAGGAGCUGGAGAAGUCUCCACGCAAAAGAAUGGAGCAGGAGCAGCUUAGGUCCAGCCUAGACAAGCAGCUGCAGGAGCAACAGCAAGCCAAGAAUGACCAAAAGUAUACAGAUAUGCUCAAUGAAGAGCUGCGUCUAGCCAUGGACACGCGGGCCACCCAGCUCGCCAAGCUAGAGGAGUCCUGUCGCAUGGCCAUGAUGUCUGCAAUGGCCAAUGCCAACAAAGCCCAGGCAGCUGAGGUGGCUGAGCGGCAGCGUCAUGAGCAUCAGUACCAACAGGAGGCCAACCUCACAGAAAUCCAGAACCAGAUCAAUAGUGACCUACUGACUGAGAACCCCCAGGCUGCUCGACGCCUUAGGUGUCCCCAUCGGGUCCUGUCCUAUUGCUGGAAGGGCAUGAAUCCACAACAGCGAGCUGCCAUCUGCAAAGACCAGGAGGAGCAGCGCCAUGAAAAGGAGGUACAACGCCAGGCAGAAAAAGCUCUGGACACGGAAUGGGAAAACCAGGCCAUAUGCUCCGCCCAGGCAGCAAUGGAGCUAGAAGAGCAAGAAAGGGAGCUGUGUGCUGAAUUUCGUAGGGGCUUGGGCUCCUUCAACCAGCAGCUGGCUAAAGAGCAAAAAGCACAGCAGAAUUACCUGAACGCAAUAAUCUACACCAACCGGCCUACUGCCCAGUACUAUCUGCAGUUCAACAGCAGCAGCCGCUGA